GGACAAUAGGAAUGGAAAUUCCAUUUAGCGUAAACUUGGAUUAUUGUCGGUGGAUAACAAUAUUUUGGGAAAACAUUCAUUAUAUUACUCAGUAAAACCAAUCAUUUUAAGUUAUAAACAUUGAUUAUCCCCAAUUCAGAUCUAAACAACCAAUCAUUUUCCAGGAAUGCAUCUCUACCAAAACCACCGCACGUUCUCCCUUUUCCUCUUUUUCUCUCUCCUCUCUGUAACCACCUCCUACUCUCUCUUCCCAAAAAACCACCUCCUCCUUCCUCCCACCCGCAAACUCGGCGGAGAUGAGUCACUCUUCUGCGAAAGUUGGCGCUUUGCUGUUGAAACAAACAACGUCAUUGGUUGGUCUACCAUUCCUUCACAAUGUUUUGACUUUGUGAAGAACUACAUCAAUGGCGAUCGUUAUUUCUCGGACUCUCUAAUCGUCGCUGAAAACUCCUUGGAAUUUGCUAAAUCUGUUAAUAUUACUGGAGAUGGUAAAGAUGCCUGGAUUUUCGAUGUUGAUGAAACUCUUCUCUUCAAUUUGCAUUAUUAUGAGACUCAUAACUAUGGAUCUGAGGCCUUUGAUGAAGAAGCUUUUGAUGCUUGGAUGCUGCAAGCUGAGGCAUCCGCCUUACCAGCAAGUUUGAGUUUGUACAAAGAGCUUCAGCGGCUCGGGUUUACAAUAUUCAUCUUGACAGGUAGGAGUGAACCUUAUAGGACUGCCACUGAAGCAAAUCUACGGUCUGCUGGCUACGAUAACUGGGAAAGAUUGCUUUUAAGAGGGCCUGGUGAUAAACACAAAUUAGCUAUCGAGUACAAAUCUGAGAAGAGACUGGAGUUAGUAGACGAGGGUUACAGAAUUCGCGGUAACUCAGGAGAUCAAUGGAGUGAUUUGCUGGGGUAUGCCAUCGCCCAAAGAUCAUUCAAACUCCCUAACCCUAUGUAUUAUAUUGCAUGAUUUAUUGACUUCGCACGCAUUCCUGCAGCUUGUAUAUACAAUUGGAAAAACUGAAUAAUUUGAGACUUGUUAUUCAUUGUAACGAAGUUUCAACUUUGAUCAUGACUUAUUAUUUGCACUUUUCUGUGUUGAAUUCCAUUUUUAGAUGCUUCAAGUAUAUAUGGCUUUCAUA